AUGGCCGGCGAGAGAUCAACCGCCGCUUUAAGAGUCCGUCGUUUACUCGAAGCACGCAACCGCAAAGGCCGUCGCCGUUUGACUUAUUACCGUCGACGACGUUGUCGGAAAAUCAUCAAAAGAGCAGACGUAAUCAGCACUUUACCUGAUGUGAUACUCCAACAUAUACUUUGCUUCGUUCCAACCAAAUUCGCAAUCAGAACAAGUCUUCUCUCAAAACGAUGGAGGCAUGUAUGGUACGAUGUACCUUCUCUCUACUUCGAUGAGUACAAACCUGAUGAUGCUUCUAUUGAAAAAACCCUAAGUUACCACACUGCUGCCAAGAUGAUGAACUUUCACCUCUAUACCAUGAACAAUCUCUACAUAGACAAGUGGAUCAAGUUCGCCAUAUCCCGCAAAGUGGAGAAUCUGUCCUUUGAAGUCGGGUGUCAUGUGUGUCCUGUUCCUGAUUUCUUCUUCAUCAAUCCCUAUGUGAAGCAACUCACCUAUAAGUUAACCUUCAGUGAUAAUUUUACUCCCAAAUACUCUGUGGUCUGGACAUCGCUGAGGAAGUUGUACUUGAGCUAUUGUAGAGUGUCUGAUGAAUCCAUUGCUAAGAUCCUAUCUGGUUGUCCAGUUCUUGAAAACUUAACAUUGUAUGUUUGCUAUAGACUGAAGGUUCUUGAUCUCAGCAAAUCAUUGCGUCUGACAACACUACAAGUAAACCACAACAGUUGUGUUCCAGGGCCAACACAGAUAAUAGCACCACAUGUCCAUAGUCUCAGAUUUAGAAGCUCUCUUUUACCGAGUACUUUAGUAGAUGUCUCGUCUUUAACCGAAGCGAAAAUUGACAUUUGCUUCUACCAUGUGAAAACGUUGGUGAGUGCUGAUGUUUUUCAAGUAAUGGUGCUAAAGAUGCUAGAAAAGUUACAGAACGUGGAGAAGCUUACUUUUGGAGGAAACUUUCUUCAGGUUUUAUCUCUUGCGGAGGUUUGUGGUGUUCCUUUGCCGAUGUUGAAGGUCAAAUAUUUGGCUCUCGAGACAAUGAUCUAUCAAUAUGUUAUUCCUGGUAUAGAAAGGCUGUUACAGAACUCACCUUGCUUAAAGAAGCUAAUCAUACGAACAAGGGAAUGCGACACCAUAGGGGGGGAGCACCUUGACGAGUACCUGACUACGCGAGGUUUGAAUCCUGAUCAAUGCUGGAGAUCAAAAGAUGGAGUCUUCUGGAACGAGUUCCGUUGGGAUGUAGAGUCAAAGAAUGUGACUUCAUUAGUGGAACUUGUGGUUAAAAACGCAAAGACACUAGAAAAGAUGAUCAUACUGUUGAACGAACGUUACCUUAGGUUUAAGUUUACGGAGCUGGUCCUUCCAACACUUGCUCAUCAUAACAACGUCUCCAUCAAUGUUGCUCUCUCAACAAAACUGUGGAAAUCAUAUGAAUGGUGUGAAUAA